UCAUUUGUUUUCACUCAAGCAUCAAAGUGACGCUGGCUGAAGACCACACUUCAUCGGUUUAAGAAGCAUCGGAAGCGUGGGUAAAAAGAAAUUAAUUAACCAUUACACUCUGGAGUUAGAAUGUCUCAGCAAUCGCAAAAAAAAGAUGAUGGACUAUUUUGGAUUAUCGAUUAUGUACGUAACUGGGGCUUAGAAACUUGCGUGGUACCGUCAAAUUGGAUUUAUGAAAUUGAAGUUCCUGAUCCUACUCGUGGUGUCGUUGGAGUAAAAAUGGCUUCAUGUUGUUAUUGGCCAACAGACAAUUCUUUGUUAAGAUGCACUCGUAGAGCUGACCCAGAUGGUGGACCUCAUUGAGAAAAUUAUUUUGCAGAUAUUCGAUUCCCAUUUGAAUCUUACAAUUUAGCGAGGCAAAACUUAGACCAGGCUACAAAUAAUUCAGAUUUAGACACACGCCCAGUGCAGGAAGGUGGUAAAGGAGGAAGAACGAAGAAGCCAACUGAGCCAUAUAGUCCUGAAAAUCAUCAGGAAAAGAUUCAAAAGAAUACAAAUCAGAAGAAUAAGAGUCAGAAGAAUAAGAGUCAGAAGAAUAAGAGUCAAAAGGGUAAUGUACAGUCUUCAUCCGAUGAUGAAGGUCCAAGACGUGCUGCCACCAUGCUGGCUGACGCAUUACCAUCAGUACCAAAGCACUUUUUGCCAGCUUCAACUUCAACAGCAUCAGCUUUAGAAGAAUCAUCACCUGACAUGUUUCGUGAGACCUACGUAAGUUUAGAAAACCAAUCGCCAGUAAGCCAAAUUCAAGCAAGUCAAGAACUUCUGCCAGCAAGCCCAAGUGGGUCUUCGAACUUAGAAAGCCUAGACUUGCUGACAAGUCCAAGUGGGUCUCAGAACUUACAUAGCCAAGACUUGCUGGCAAGCUCAACUGGGAGUCGGAACGCCGAAAGACAAGAGACUUAUUGCUCAUCAGACACGGCGAAGUUGAAUAGUACAUCAGUUGGAGUCCAAAACAACUUGAAAAAGGCGAAAAGUAAAUCUCAAGAUACGGAAGAUUUUGUCGACGAGACACCACAAUUCAUUUCAUGCAAUACUACAGAUGCCGAUGUAACGGGCCUAUUGUCAAGUGGUGUAAGUUCGGCGAAUGCAUCUAAUGGUGGCUCAAUGAAUUGGACGAACACUAAGAAAGCAAAUGUCAGCAUAAAUAAUGGUCCAUCCUAUGAGCAUUUGAUGGUCAUGAAGGCUCUUCAGCAAGUAAUAGAGCUGUCAAAAAAGAUUGAUUUGAGAAUAAGAAAUAUUGAAGACAAAAUUGAUCGGAAAAUUACUCCUGAAAUUGAAGGAAAUAAUUGGGAGGGACUUCCACUUAAAGACGUAACUGAAUUUCAAGCAUUUGAGAAAAAGUUAUUGUCGGACCCCCAGACGUUUGAUGCUGUGGUCUUUAAGAAUUACCGUCGGCUUUCCUGUCCUGAUCAACACUCGUCCAAUAUUCUAUCAAUUAUCACCGGAAAUGCAGUUGGCCGGAUGGAGUACUACUAACGGUUGUUGUGCUGUUAUACCUGGCCGUCCAGUCUAUAAGCAACACUGGCAAGAACAUCUGAUAAAAUGAUAAAUGUUUACAUCCAUUGAUUUGAUUUAAAAAAUAAACCGGUAUAAUCUAA